AGGAUGGCGGGGCCAGGCCUGGCAGCUGUCGUGCCUCUGGACAGUCUCAGACCGUAGAGGCGCUGGGGGCUGAGAAGAGGCAACCGAGAGCCAUGGCGGCGGCGGUGGUGGUGGUGGCGGCGGCGGCGGCAGCGCGGGCCCGGAUCCUGCAGGUUUCUUCCAAGGUGAACUCCAGUUGGUACCCAGCAUCCUCCUUCUCUUCAUCUUCAGUGCCAAAUGUAAAGCUCUUCAUUGAUGGGAAAUUUAUUGAAUCCAAAAGUGACAAAUGGAUUGACAUCCACAACCCCGCCACCAAUGAGGUUAUUGGUCGGGUCCCUCAAGCCACCAAGGCUGAAAUGGAUGCAGCAGUUUCUUCCUGCAAACGUGCUUUUCCCGCAUGGGCAGAGACUUCAAUAUUAAGCCGUCAGCAAGUCCUGCUCCGCUAUCAACAACUCAUUAAAGAAAACUUGAAAGAAAUUGCCAGGUUAAUCACGCUGGAACAAGGGAAGACCCUAGCGGAUGCUGAAGGAGAUGUAUUUCGAGGCCUUCAGGUGGUUGAGCAUGCCUGCAGUGUGACAUCCCUCAUGCUGGGAGAGACCAUGCCAUCCAUCACCAAAGACAUGGACCUUUAUUCCUACCGUCUGCCUCUGGGGGUGUGUGCAGGCAUUGCUCCGUUCAAUUUUCCUGCCAUGAUCCCCCUUUGGAUGUUUCCCAUGGCCAUGGUGUGUGGAAAUACCUUCCUAAUGAAACCAUCAGAGCGAGUCCCUGGAGCAACUAUGCUUCUUGCCAAGUUGCUUCAGGACUGUGGUGCCCCUGACGGAACACUGAAUGUCAUCCAUGGACAGCAUGAUGCUGUAAACUUUAUUUGCGAUCAUCCGGAUAUCAAAGCAGUCAGCUUUGUGGGAUCCAACCAGGCAGGAGAGUACAUCUUCGAGAGGGGGUCAAGACAUGGCAAGAGAGUUCAAGCCAAUAUGGGAGCCAAAAACCAUGGGGUAGUUAUGCCAGAUGCCAGUAAGGAAAAUACUCUGAACCAGCUGGUUGGGGCAGCAUUUGGAGCUGCUGGUCAGCGCUGCAUGGCUCUUUCAACAGCGAUCCUUGUGGGAGAAGCUAAGAUGUGGCUGCCAGAGCUGGUGGAGCGUGCCAAAAAACUGAGAGUCAAUGCAGGAGACCAGCCUGGAGCUGAUCUUGGCCCUCUGAUCACCCCCCAGGCAAAAGAGAGAGUCUGCAAUCUGAUUGAGACUGGAACAAAGGAAGGAGCUUCCAUCCUUCUUGAUGGGCGAAAUAUUAAAGUCAAAGGUUAUGAAAAUGGGAACUUUGUUGGGCCAACCAUCAUCUCAAAUGUCAAGCCAAAUAUGACCUGUUACAAAGAGGAGAUUUUUGGCCCAGUUCUUGUAGUUCUGGAAACAGACACUUUGGAUGAAGCCAUCAAGAUUGUAAACGACAACCCAUAUGGAAACGGAACUGCCAUUUUCACCACUAAUGGAGCCACUGCUCGGAAAUAUUCCCACCUGGUAGAUGUCGGACAGGUCGGGGUGAAUGUGCCCAUUCCAGUGCCUUUGCCAAUGUUCUCAUUCACUGGCUCUCGAGCUUCCUUCAGGGGAGACACCAAUUUCUAUGGCAAACAGGGCAUCCAGUUCUACACUCAGCUAAAGACUAUCACUUCUCAGUGGAAAGAAGAAGAUGCUUCUCUUUCCUCACCUGCUGUCGUUAUGCCUACCAUGGGUCGUUAGAGACAAGGUUGUUCCAGACUCAGUCCAUCCUGAGUAAUCGCCCUUUAUUCUUGACCAACUCCAACUGCCAACUUUGCUCAUAUCAGAUCCCUGGGAUUGGAAUACCUUGUAACUAAAAUCUUUCUCAGAACCAUUAACUCCUGUGAAGCUGCUAGUAGGGAAACUCUUAGUGUAAUUCUGAAACCAUAUUUUCACUUGCUCUUCAUAAUUUUAUUUUUGAGGUCACUGUUUUAACUAUGAAAUGCUUCUCUGGAAUAACAGUGUAGACUUGUUUUCUAAAAAUUCGCCCCUUUUCUGAUGACUUGAAGGAAGAGAAUGUUAGUGUGUGUAAAGAGCUUCCAAGGACGAGAUCUCUUGGAUGAGGAAAUAGGUCAAAAAUAAUUCACCCUUUGGUUGAUCCUCAAACACAGCCCUACAUAAAUGCCAGUGGGCAAGACCUCUCUGCCAAACUUUGCUGAGCCUCUCAUUUAUCCCACACUACACACAUCUCUACUUAUCCCACAGUUGUGACAACUGCUUCUUUCUUUUCUGCUGAAUGCCACUUUGUUCUAGUGAUUCAUGACCACUAAUUCUAUCAUUGUCACUGUUCCUGCUUCUUCAAACCACUUCCCAAGAAUACCUCAGUAUGUAUUGGAUAAAUCAAGUCUUUGUCAUGUGCAUUAAAUGUGUAUUAAAUUUCAGGGUUUGCUUCAGCAGUCAUUAAUUAAUGCUUCAGUCAUUAAUUCAGAUGCCAACAAGUUUUUUUUAGAAAACUAUUCAAAAGUUAUAAUAGGCCCAGCAAUCAAGGGGUGUCCCAAACAUGAAAGUGAGCAAGACUUUUUUUUUUUUUAAUAAUGCUUAACAGGAUCUCACAUUUAUUGAAAAGUGAUUAAUGGUAAAAAGAAAGGCAAUGCCCCUGAAAUUUAAUACUUGGCGCACAUGACGAAAACUUGAGUUAUCCAGUACAUACUGAGGUAUCCUUGGAAAGUGGUUUUAGGAAGCGGGAACAGUGACAAUGAUAGAAUUAGUGGUCAUGAAUCACUAGAAUAUUAUUUACUGGCUGAAUAAGAAACUGAAGAAACAUUCACUACACGUUUUACAGUAUUCUUCUCUUCCAAAAUGCAUUUCUAUAAACAAGUUUUAACCACUGUUCUUAGCUUUGAAAUCAAAUGAAUCCUGACUUGAUCAGUAUAAUGUACAAGAACAGAACAUAUCUUAGGGCUCCUAGUACUUUGAGUAACAAAGGGUCAGAGAAAAUGAACCACCCUCAAAGAUACAAGCUUGGGUAACACUGUUGAAUUCUCCAAGACAGAAAUUCUUCUUAAAAAUGUUCUUCCAGUUUGGAAGGGAAGAACCAAAUUCCUACUUUUGGGGUUGGAGGCCCAAAACCUUCAAACUCAGGUGUUCUCCAAGUGUGAGCAACACUUUACUCUUGCCUGAAGUAAGUCUAACUUGAUAUUGCUUGCUGAAUUUUUUAUAUCAUUCUUUUCUCUUGCCUGCAUUUCUCAUUUGUGAUACUUCUUAAAGAAAGAACCCUUAAUGUAAAGUAAUUGAUUAGGGCCUAAGAAAUUUCAAAGCUCCCCAUGUGUGAAGUAGUGAAGAAAUGCUUUGACAGAUUUUUCUGCUACCAUUAAUUCAGCUGUCUUUCUGCUUUUUGUUUCUUUGCUUAUAGCUCAACUUUAAGUCAGAACAGAAAUUUAUGUACCAAACAGAAUAGAUUCUGUCUUUUUGUUCUACCAUCCCAGUUGAAUCCUGUCUUUCUGAUAUGGUCUUCACCCAUUGAACUAGGAGAAGGCUUCUCAUUUCCAAUAGAGUAGUCUCUGGUCCUCAGUCAGAGGUCAUAGGUCAUUUAUUUUUCUGCUUCCUCAUUAGUUACAUAGAUAAUGCUAACCUAUUCCAUGGGGGUUACUUAAUGAAUUAAGGAUGGGAAAAACCUUGAAAAUGUUUGUGCACUCUGUGGAUUUUAGGCUUAUUACUACCACCUGCUGGAUAGAAUGUCAAAAUCUUGAAUCACUUGAGGUGAUUGAUGAUUGAACUUUAAUAAAAUACAUCUAUGACCCUACUGGCCCCCCCCCUUUUUUUUUUUUUUUUUGCCUUCCUAUGUGUGAGGCAAUAGAAAUUUAUAAUUUCAUAAUAGAAUGCACCUUGUUUUACCUCUUAUCACAGCUGGCAACUGGUAGUAAUAUUUAAUCCAGUCCAACAACUACAGGCUGGGUUGAAUAAAAGGUCAGAUUGUCUAAAUUCCAAGUGGAAUUAAACAUAAUCACAGAGACUCCUAAAUUUUCCUUACAUUUAAGGAAAAUCACUCUUUAAGAAAUACUAACUAAUCAGAAUUGUCUUGCUCUAAUUGCAAUCAACUUAUUUGGUUAGCUACUUGCUACUCAGAAGUUAUUUCUUAGAUGGAAAAAAAGCUGUGUUCAUGGUAGUAGCAGCUAAAAAAUUCAAUAUUUUAUUUUCUUUUUGCUUUGAUGUGGCCUCAUUUGAAAAUUUUCAGAUUUUUACAUUGUACUCAUUGAUUAUGUACACAAAUUAUAAGUAAAAAGCUCUUUAAAAGAAAAUCUGGCUUUUAUUUUAUGGUACCAUACUUCCCUAUAAUGCCUUUGUCCACUAGGUUAUAGUGACUCAGACUUCCCACCUCUGUCCAAAGCCAAGAGUUAUAUGGUCAUUAUGUUUAUUCUUACAUAAAGGAUAGUACAUAUUUUAGCUGGGCUAUAUAUUUCAAAAGGCAAUUUAUAGGUUUUCCACACUAAAAGAGGCACAAAUAUGCAUUUGCAUUAAAUAUAUGCCUGCCUUAGUAUGGAUAUUGUUAUUAAAAUGUCCACAAUCUCAUACUAAUGUUAUUAUUCAUUUCACUGAUCCCUGAGAGCUCCUGGCUAGUAGAGAAAAGAACUGUGACUUAGAAGAAGCCGCAUGAGGAAGGGGAACAAUUAUGUGUAUUGUUUGGUUAGAUUACAGACUCCUUACUAUGUCAGACUCUUGUGAUCCUCUCUGAAUAUUGGGUAUCACCAGUUCACCAGUAGAGUCUAAGAUUGGCACUUGCUGGGUGAUGAAGGUUUGAUCUUGAGGCUUACCUUCAUCCCUACAGUAAUGAGAAAGUAAGACUUGUCAACAACCACACAUACAGAACUUGAUUGAGAGCAAUAGACUUGUUAUGUUACUCUCACUCAAUUCUAGUAUGUAUAAGAUGUCCACAACCACCAUGUGAUCAGGCUCAUGUUCACUGCUUUGUCAAGAGAGCUUACCCAAACUCCUUUGUUGUUUCAUCAUUGGGACCAAUAUAGUCUGGAACUGGAGGUCUAGAACUCUGGCUGUAUUUCCUGUAGUGGGUAUAAGUUAACAGUGAAGCAGUGUCUUCACAUGCCCUGUAUUUCAACUACACUUUAAAAGUGCUAAAGGAAAAAUAAAUAAAUAAAUAAAUAACUGCUAAAGGGAAACGCUUCAGUUGGAUGGGCUUCUUAUUUUCAAAAAUGAGUUUUUAUACACACAUAGAGGCAAUAUAAUAUUAGGUAAGUUAAUUUAAACUUACAUUCUCUUAAAGUUGAGACAUGUUGAACUUAAGAAAUGGAAAUAUUUAUGAAUAUAAUCACAAUGAUACUCAUACAACAGCUAUUAAUGGUGGGGCAAGGUUGAACCAGAGUACUGACCAAAAGCAAGGCCAAAAAAUUCUCUUCCCACAAAAAGGAUCUCAAAACACAGGAAAGUUACCCAAUGGAGAUAGGCACAGUAUAAAAAUGUUUCCUUAUACUUUGGAAAGUCUAGUUUAAGAACAGGAAAAUAGGCCCUCUCGCCCUCUGAGAUGGCUCACAUUCUGUCUAUUGAGUGUGUAUCACCUUGAAUAAAUCCUGCUUUCAAUCUAAAAAAAAAAAAAAGACCAGGAAA